AUGUUUUCCAGCAGGCUGGCAUCGCUGUCCAGAUGUUCAGCACGACGUUCAACCCCUCUUGCAUUAAGAACGACAACCCUACGUCCUCGAUUCUAUAGCAGCCAUGCACGUACACGGCUAUCGGUUCGAUCGCUACUGGCCAAGACGAUCGUAGGUGUUACAACAAUGAGCGCUGUGGGUGCUGUUGGACUCUAUUACACCAAUGAGGAUGCUCGCCAUGUGAUGGUGGCGAUUCAGCGUUGCAGCACAGCAGGUCUUAUUGGCGCACGAGUAGCCCUUGACUAUCAGAGGACGCUUUCCAAAGAGUAUGCCACUGAAGAAGAAUACAAGCAAGCCAAGCGUUUAUGCCAUAAGCGAUGUGCCACGCGUGUACUUGAAGGAUUACAGUCGUUGGGUGGUAUCUACAUCAAGCUCGGUCAACAUGUGUCAGCUAUGGUCUAUAUCCUUCCGCCUGAAUGGACCGAAACGAUGGCCGUAUUGCAGGAUCGUUGCGAACCCACGCCCAGUGAUCAAAUUCGAGAAUUGUUCCUUAGCGAUUAUGGUCAUUCGAUUGAUGAGAUCUUUGAAGAGUUUGAAUGGAAACCGAUUGGCGUGGCGUCCUUGGCUCAGGUGCAUCGUGCAAGGUUAAGAGCUGGUACCGAUGGCAGGGGUCGACUUGGUAACGAUGGAUGGGUCGCUGUGAAAUUACAACAUCCCGCCUUGGAUGAAUUCUGCAAAAUCGAUAUGGAGACAGUCUCGUUCAUUUUCGAUGUCAUCAAGAAAGCUUUCCCUGAUUUUGGAUUUGCAUGGUUGGUGGAUGAAAUGCGUGAAUCGUUGCCACGUGAACUGGAUUUUGUGCAUGAAGCACGUAAUGCCCGCUUGGUGACCCAGAACUUUGCUGAUGAUAUCAAACAUGGACGCACAGCAUUGACCGUUCCUCAAGUCGUAUGGGCACGUAGACGUAUCUUGUGCAUGGAAUUUGUCGAUGGUGCACGUAUUGACGAUCUCCAAUACAUGAAGGAUCACCAUAUCAACCCCGCUCAAGUCUCUGCUGAAUUGACACGUAUUUUCUCAAAGAUGAUCUUUUUACACGGCUUUGUCCAUUGUGAUCCUCAUCCUGGCAAUGUUAUUGUACGACCAAGCAAGAACCCCCGUACCAAGUAUAAUUUCGAUCUUGUGCUUUUGGAUCAUGGUCUUUAUCGCGACUUGCCGGAUGAAUUGCGGGUGGAUUAUGCACACUUGUGGACAUCGUUGAUCCGAGGUGAUGAGAAUGGCAUUCGUACGUAUGCUAAGCGAGUGGGAGGCACCGACACAUACCAGUUGUUUGCAUGCAUCAUGACGGGCCGUGCUUGGGAUACAGUGACUUCAGCCGAUUUAUCAUCAGUGCGCAGCAAGGGUGAAUUGAAUCAAAUGAGCGAAGGUGCCAUGGAAUGGCUUGUCGAUAUUGCUGAUAUUCUUGCACGAUUGCCACGCGUUGUAUUGCUGUUGCUCAAGACCAACGAUCUUUUACGCCAUGUGGAUGAGGUAUUGCGUUCGACAUCAACGGAUGAUCAUUUGACGUAUGUCAUUAUGGGCCAAUAUUGUGCCAAGGCUGUAUGGUUGGAUGCUCGUCAAAAUAUCCUCGAUCGUAUCGCAGUGAUUGGAUUGAAAUGGAACUUGUUCUCCAUGUUGGCACAUGUAUGGUGGAACUAUUACUCAUUGGCCGUGAUAUUGUGGUUGUAUCAACAAGGUUCAUCAUGGUCUCAAGCUUUGAUCACUUUACUACAAUCGCUUUCCAAGGCAAAAAAGAAGAUUGAGGAACGUAAACCAUUGAAGAAGAGUAGUCUACAAUAG